UUAACCAUUAAGUUUCAUUGUUAAGCAAUCACACAAAGCAAAGUAGUGACAAAGAACAAAACAUGGCAGAAGAAAUGGAACAAGAAACUACAGACAGAAAAAUGAAGAGAAUUCUUCUCAUAAUCAACUGUUUAUUAUUAGCCUUAGGAAACUCCGGAGGUCCCCUCAUAAUGCGUCUCUACUUCAUCCACGGCGGCAACCGCGUCUGGCUCUCCAGUUUCCUCGAAACCGCCGGUUUCCCGCUAAUGAUCCUCCCCCUCACAAUCUCAUACAUAAACCGCCGCCGUCUCCACCUAAGUCAACCACCAUCAACCACCGCCGAACCCGCCGCAAAGCUAAAAAUAAUCUCCAUGGAACCUCCCGUCUUCUUCGCCGCGGCUCUCAUGGGAAUCCUCACCGGCCUCGACGACUAUCUUUACGCGUACGGUGUUGCUCGGCUUCCAAUUUCCACUUCUGCUUUGAUAAUCGCUUCUCAGCUUGGUUUCACCGCGGUUUUCGCUUUUCUGCUUGUGAAACAGAAAUUUACUUCAUUCUCUGUAAACGCCGUCUUUUUGCUUACGGUUGGAGCAGCAGUUUUGGCUUUGCAUACAUCCGGAGAUCGACCUGCCGGUGUUUCUAAGAAGCAAUAUAAUAUUGGUUUUUUCACUACUCUUGCUGCUUCUGCAUUGUAUGGAUUUGUUUUGCCUUCAAUUGAAUUCAUUUAUAAGAAAGCCAAACAAAACAUUACAUAUUCUCUUGUUAUGGAAAUUCAGUUUGUUAUCGGUUUGUUUGCUACUCUCUUUUGCACGGUCGGCAUGAUAGCAAAUAACGACUUUAAGGUGAUUCCUAGGGAAGCAAGGAAUUUUGGACUAGGGGAAAAGACAUACUAUGUGGUGUUGGUGAUGAGUACAAUGUUUUGGCAAGCGUUUUUCUUGGGAGCAAUUGGAGUUAUUUUUUGUGGUUCAUCUUUGUUAUCGGGUAUUUUGAUAGCUGUUUUCUUGCCGGUAACUGAAGUGUUGGCGGUAAUAUUUUAUAAAGAGAGAUUUCAAGCAGAGAAAGGGGUUUCUCUUGUGCUUUCUCUUUGGGGGUUUGUGUCUUAUUUCUAUGGUGAGGUUGAACAAGAUAAGGAAAAGAAGAAGAAACGUGCUGUGGAGACAGAGAUGGGUCAUAGUCUUGAAGUACUACCUGCUCCGUGAUUGCUAUAGAGGUUGUAGAAUUAUUGAAAUGUGUGUUUUGUGUGAGUUAAAUGCUUUAAUUGAAUGUUUUUUUUGUAAGGAAAAAGGGGACAUGCAAGUGUAAACUACUAAACUAGUCUACCAGAGUCAUCGAUUGUUUUUAUAAUGAUACUCCUUCCAAGAGACAACGGAUCUACCUGGGUCACGGCUCUAUUAAUAGUUUACAAUGUAGGAGUAUAUGUAAAUGUGUAAUCUGUUUACGUAAAUUUUGUUUAAUUGUAUACUCCUUUCGUUCCAAAAUAAAUAUUGUUUUAGAGUAAAAAUUUAUUC